GAGCCAGUUUUCAGCACAGAAACACAUGCAUGAGAGAGCCUGCAUGAGAGAGCCUGAGACAAGUCUAAAAAGAAGAAGCUAAAAAUAAGGCAAUUCCUACAGUGUCCCUUUAAUAUUACUUUUCUGAAAUCACACCAACGACAGGGGUACUUUUACUUCCAGGGAAAAGGUGGUUGACGUUUUGGUGCAUGGUCUGGAAAAAGGAAAUGUGACCGCUUCAAAUUGCUCAGCAAAAAGGAAACAAAAAAAGACAGCUGAAAGGAUAUUCAACAGUCAGUCGGAGGAACUGCUCUGAAUGGAAGAAUUCUGGUAGCUUUUCAUAGUCGAAUCUUAAUGACUGUUAAUAUACAUUAAUACCAUUUACAUUCACUGAGACAGUUAAUGAGGUUUUAACAGGAUCAAAGAAUCACUUGAUGUUUGCAAUCCACUUGAUGACAGAACAUUUUCCAGAUUUUCACAUCUCCUGAUAAUACAGCUGUGGUCAAUUCAAGAGGGUGGGGCAGGAAGCGCACUUCAACUGAAAGCCUCAUGAAAGAGGAAGAGGGCCCUUUGCUUGUUGACAGCGGGGUCACAGUCUGCCUGAGGUCUAACAGACUAAUCAUAGGGCUCUGGGGGAAGGUUGCCCAAUACAACAGACAACACACAGGCUUCCUUCCCAUUCCCGUACCUCAUCACAGUCACGCUGCAUGUGAACCAAACCGAGGAGACAGACGAAAGGGCCAUCGGAGAGGGAACCUCUGAAGAAUGAAACCAAUCAAAUUGGAUCAGUCGGCGACAGUCGACGAGCUGACGGAGGCCUGCAUCAAAGCAUUUGAUGAUGAAGGCAGGUUGGGUGACAACUCUCUGGUCCGAAUGUUUCUUAUGAUGCAUCCCUGGUACCUAUCCUCUGUUGAAUUGGCCAAAAAACUGUCCAACAUGUCACUGGAGGAAAACUGUCCUGCUGAACUCAGGUUGCAAAUCUGCCAUCUUAUCAAGCAUUGGAUCAGCGAGUUCCCGGCGGAGUUUGACCUGAACCCGGAGCUAGCGCAGCAGAUCCAAGGGCUGAAGGAGAAGCUGGCCAAGAAGGGAGCGGAAAACCAGAGCGCUCUCAUCGACCUGGACCACGUGCCUUCGUAUGAGUGGAGAAGACAGGUGAGUCAACAAGCUCAGUCAGACUUCAAGAAGAGGAAGACGUCUCUCCUCUUCGACCACUUGGAUUCGUCCGCGCUGGCCGAGCACCUUACCUACAUGGAGUACAAGUCCUUCUGUCGGAUACUGUUCCAGGACUACCACAGCUUUGUGAUGCACGGCUGCACGGUGGACAACCCCAUCCUGGAGCGUUUCAUCACCCUAUUCAACAGUGUGUCUCAGUGGAUCCAGCUGAUGGUGCUCAGCAAACCCACGGCCCCCCAGAGGGCUGCAGUCAUCUCCCACUUCAUCGGGGUGGCCCAGAGGUUGUUACAGCUGCAGAACUUCAACACUCUGAUGGCUGUAGUGGGUGGACUCAGUAAUAGCUCUAUCUCACGCCUCAAAGACACGCAGGCGCACAUUAGCAGCGAUGUCAGCAAGGCGUUCAACAACCUGGUGGAACUGGUGACAUCCUGUGGUAACUACAGCCGGUACCGCCAGCGCUUCUCCGACAGCACGGGCUUCCGCUUCCCCAUCCUGGGAGUUCAUCUCAAGGACCUGAUCGCGGUCCACGUGGCCCUGCCCGACUGGAGCGACCAGGAGAAGACCCAGGUCAACCUGGCUAAGACCCAGCAGCUAUACACCAUCCUCCAGGAGCUGGCACUGAUCCAGACCACGCCACCCAGUAUCGAUGCCAACACGGACCUGCUCAACCUCCUCGUGGUAUCUCUGGACCAGUACCACUCGGAGGAAGAGAUAUAUCAACUGUCUCUGCAGAGGGAGCCACGCACAGCCAGGCCCGUGUCCGCCCCGAGUCUUCCUGUGAUAGAGGAAUGGGCAUCUUCUGUGAAGCCCAAAGCUGAUCCCACCAUUAUCAGCAACCAUAUCCAGAAGAUGGUGGAGUCAGUGUUUAAGAAUUUUGACACGGAUGGAGAUGGCUACAUCUCUCAGGAGGAGUUUGAAAUCAUCAGGACCAACUUCCCAUAUCUCUGCAAGUUUGAUGAUCUGGACAAGAAUCAGGACGGGAGAAUAAGCAAAGAGGAGAUGAUUGAUUACUUUACCAAGGCCAGCUCCUUGCUGAACAGCAAGAUGGGGUUCAUCCACUCGUUUUCAGAGAUGACCUGUAUGAAGCCUACACUUUGCCAGCACUGUAAAGGCAUUAUGUGGGGAUUUUACAAACAGAAAUACAAGUGUAGAGCCUGUGGUGUGAGCUGCCACAAGGACUGUCGAAGCCGCCUUACUGUUGAGUGUCGAAAGCGAACCAGGAGUGUCGACCAUGAUCCCCGUUCCACCCAACACUCCCGGUCAUUCAGCAUGCCGAAUAUAGUGCAGCCCAGCCACACUCUACAACACACAGUCAUUACAGAGGAAGCUCCUGACUCCCUGGAGAACGAAGUGUUUGAUGUCCACCUUUGAUGAGAAUGAAGACCAACACAGAAGAGAAAACAAGAAAGAAUUUGUCCCUGUUACCAGCUGAAAUGGGUAAAACAGAUGAAAGCAAAACUGAUCCUAUCUGAAGACAGAAUGCACGCUAACAAUAUUCAAAUGUUUUCAUUCUCUAAAUAGUUCCUUGAUGUGUUUUGCUGGACCUGAAGCAUUGUAAACAUAUUAACGUCAUUGGUGUUAUGAUCCAUCACUGUAAAUUUUGACGAUGUACGUAUUUAUUUCCUGAUUAAUACAUUUUUCAAGAUGUAUUUUUGUGCUUGCACAUGAUAGAUACACCUGCUGACUAAAUGCUUACUUGAGGGUUUGCCUUUUAAAAUGCGAAAACAAGAAAAUAUAAGAAUCAAAAUGACCAAAUAAACGGCUUGCUAGAACUGGAUUUAAUUAUUUUUUUUGCAUGAGUCUAAGUAUGGGAAGGAACUGUCAGUCUUCGGUGUCUGUCAGUCUUCGGUGUCUGUCAGUCUUCGGUGUCUGUCAGUCUUCGGUGUCUGUCAGUCUUCGGUGUCUGUCAGUCUUCGUGGUGUCUGUCAGUCUUCGGUGUCUGUCAGUCUUCUAUGUCUGUCAGUCUUCGGUGUCUGCUGGAAAGAGUGUGAGGGGAUGUGUACUUUGGUUUGGAAAAAGGGUGCAAGUGGUUAAUCCAGUUCAGGUGUUUAUUAGUCUAAUGGCUGGUGGAUGGAAACUGACUCUGAGCCUUUUGGUCUAAGACCCGAUGCCCUGAUUCUUCUUUCUCCCUGUCUACUCAGUCUUUAUCUUUGCUUUCACAGUGGGUGAAGUGUACAGAGGUGUUAUAUUUUUGGAGUUAUGUAUGUAUACAUUGCUUCCCCACGAGAUGGUGCUGUUUGUGUUUCUCAACACAAGGUGUAGGCUACCACUUGAUUUAGCAUUCUGUACCUCUUUUACAUUCCUUGCUUUAGGUGUAGCCAUUUGUUUGGGUGUGGUCUUGUUCAGUAACAUUGGAUUGCUGUGGAUUGUAUAGGAUACAAUAAAAAUGAGGUUUACUUCAAUUACCCAAUUAUCCAUGCUAAACACUGAUGGUGUUGCAUUGUGUUAAGAUUUUUGUAUUACUUUUUCAAAGACAUUUUGCGUUGAAUAGAAAGUUUCAGAGAUGACAGAAACGGAAUUAUUCAAAAUACUCCACACUUUUUCUACCUGUACACAAAUAGCACAUCAAGAAAAUAUUUGUGUGUCUCUUACUCCCAAGUGACUGCUCCCAUAGCAAUUAAUUUACUUCCAGCUGUGGUUCGUAGGGAUUUACACAGCAGACAGCUCUUAAUUCUUUCUCUUUUUAGUGUUUCCUAAGGAAUUAAAUACAUAACAUUCGUCCACUUGAACAUUGUUUGGCUUUGUAAGUAAGGCCUAGUUCAGCAUCCCCUAGAGAUUCCAAUUCAGAGCAUUUUGUUGCAAUUGACUUCAUGGAUAAUGUAUUCUUUUGGAAAUUGUUUUAAUAUCGUUAAUUAAUUAGGUGGUGCUGUUUUGAUUAGAACCACACGUUUACAAACAUGCAGCUUUUAGGUAUUGAUGGUUCCUGCCAACUUUCAAAUUCAGUAGGCUACCUGGGAUCAGAUGAGGAUUUGUCACAAUAGUCACUCCACACUGGGCUAUCCUGUAGGCUAUUGCUGCUCUGUGAAAUGAAGCCAUAUAACAAUAGCGUGUCCUAUUUAUAUUGUGGCAGUGUUCCCUAUAGGCAACUGAAGCAAGGUUAUCAUUGAGGAUGUCCAAUCCAUAUGACCUUGUCACAGUGCAUUAACAGUUAUGGAGCCAAGAGAGGGGAUCAGGGCUUGGACUGGCUUGUGUGCUAUUUCUGCAUGCAUUAAGGCAGAAUAUCUAUCUGAUAAAAUAUCCCAUAUAAAAGGCUUAAAUAAAAAUGGGCUUGUUAAGUUCCACCCGCCAUUACACCUGUCAUAGAAUGGGCUAGCCUAUUCAAUCAAUUAUAUUUGGUGAAAAUGAUCAUGGCAAAAAAUAAAACAUGUAUGUUAAAAUGUAUUUGUCAUAAUGACAUCGUAAUUAUUGAGAUACACCAUGAACCCAAUAAAGGUGUAAUUGUC